AUUUUAAAAAAAGUACGAAAACCUCUGGACUUGUUUGGUUCUUGCCAGAACAAAAUGAUUCACGACGUGAUAUGCUACUGAUAGAGAAUAAUUUGGCGCGAUAAGCUAGAUUUCUUUCAAAAUAGCUAACUGUAUUGUACAAGAUCAAAUGAAUAUUUUAAUAUCAAAAAACAAUACCAUAAUGCCGUAUAUGUUCAUGCGAUGUCACAAUAUUCGUAUAAUAUGUGCUGAUAGAGAAAUUUUUUUGAUUUUCAGGAAACUCUUCAAUUAUAUCGAAUAAUUGUUGAAACAGCGAAGUGAUCACGUGAUUUCUGAGCAUGUUAUGGACGCAAGUGUUCGAACGCGCAGACUCUUUGUCUCGUGAGAGCAAAACAUGUAAAUAAUUCGAUAAUGUGCUCUCAGGUCAAAUUGUUAUUAGAAGUAUCGCAGUAAGAGAACAAGUUAGAAAGUUUUCAAAUUUUAUCACACAUUCUUAGACUUACAUUAAUACACAUAUUUAUAUAUAUAUAUAAAGAGAACGCGCUUUAUUUAAUCUUACAUUACGAGCCAAAGCUACAAACAAAAUUCUCGAAGCUAAUCAACACCUUUUAUUGAUUAAUUGAAUUAAUUGAAUUGAACAAUUUGAAGUUAAUCAAUAACAAAUGGAAGACAAAGGCCAGUCAUCAAAGGAGAAGGUGAUUCGACCAAAAAAAUCAUGUGACAAUAUCGAGAACUAUGGCUUCAUGGUGGAUUCUCGGUUCAUGUCACGGGUCAUGAGCAGUUUAUACUCGAAUUCGGAUAUUUUUCUCCGAGAAUUAAUUUCAAACUCCAGCGAUGCUUUGGAUAAGUUUUCUCAUAAACCUCCCAAAGAAAUUGAUAACACAGAGGAAUUAUGCAUCAGGAUCGUUCUAAACGAGAAAAACCGUACUCUAACUAUCAUCGAUAAUGGUAUUGGUAUGAACAGAUCACAAAUUACCAACUAUCUCGGAAUAAUGGCAAGAUCUGGAACUAAAAAGGCUGAGAAUAAGAAUUAUAUCGGACAAUUUGGCAUAGGAUUCUACUCCGUAUUUCUUGUAGCUGAUAAAGUAACUGUUACAUCCCAGUCUCGUAACCACAAUCAAUAUAUUUUGGAGUCUAGUUCGACAGAAACUUUUACCGUUGAAUGUGGCUUCGAUGAAUCAUUGAAACGUGGUACAAAGGUUAUGCUUAACAUUAAGGACGACAAAUCUAAAUAUCUAAAAGAGAAAUUUAUCAAGGAAACAGUCGCAAAAUAUUUCCAAUUAAUUAAAUAUCCAAUCAAACUUCUCGUGCAGAAAGAAUAUGACGACGCGGAAUAUGAGGUGAUCCAUAAAGUAGUAGAGCCUUUCAUUAUCAAACAUAACAUUAAUGAGGAGAAAAAUAUGUGUGUAUACCAUUUAACUGUGAGAAGGCCACUCAAAUUCGAGGCUAAGCUCUGUAUUCCAAAUUAUAAAUCAUACGAUCUUUUCGAUGCAAAGAAAAGUAAUGUAAAAUUAUUUAGUAAAAAUGUUCUUAUUACGGACAACUGCAAAGAAUUUAUACCAGAUUACUUGAACUUCAUAGAGGCUAUAAUUAGCAGUGAAGAUUUUUCCCUUCAUAUUUCUCGCGAAAAGUUGCAAUUUAGCAAAAACUUGAAUUAUAUUCGUAGCAACAUUGAAACAAAUGCCUUGGCUGUCUUCGAAUAUAUGAAGGCAAAAAAUGACAUAAUCUAUAAGAAGUUCUAUAAAUUUUAUAGUAGAAACAUUAAAAUGGGUAUUUGCGAAGACAGCAUCUAUCGCGAAAAACUGUUAAAGCUUUUGAUAUAUCGUACUUCUGCAUCCGGUAACGAAGCGUGUUCGUUGAAGGAUUAUGUCGAUAGGAUGAAACAGAACCAAAAGUACAUUUACUUCAUCACUGGUGAGACUAAAAAGCAGGUAGAGAAUAGCGUGUUCAUCGAAGCUUUGAAGAUGCGCGAUAUCGAAGUGAUUUAUAUGACUGAUCCCAUUGACGAAUUCGUAGUGGAUAAGUUACAAAACUUUCAUGGAAAACCUUUCAUGUCUGUUGUCAGGGCUGACUUGGAGUUUUUCGAAAAUGACGAUGAUAGAAUGAAGCACCUGCAGAAAGCUGCCCGAUUCGAGAGAUUAUGCAAAAUCAUGCAGAGGAUUCUGAGCGAUAAGGUGGAGAAGGUCGUGGUCUCCAACAGAUUGAUUACAUCACCUUGCUGCAUCGUAAACUCCAAAUACGGUUGGACUGCUAAUAUGGAGAAGGUCAUAAAGGCACAGUUCCUGAACACAGUGCCUAUGAAUUAUUCGAAGGCGAAAAUGCAGUUUGAAAUCAAUCCCGAUCAUGACAUUAUUCAAAAGCUCUUGACAAAUGUUAAUAGAGAAAAUUUCAAUUACGCAAGCGUAGAGCAAUUCACAAUCUUACUGUUCGAAACCGCCUGUAUUUCGUCCGGCUUCAUUCUGGAAAAACCUUUUGUGCUUACCAAUAUCAUUUAUCGUAUGAUGAACUAAAAUGUCUGUGGAAGAUGAUUCACAAGACAAGCGAAUAAUAAAGAAAAUGGAUUAAAAUCAUAACAUUAUUUUAUGCGUUGAUAUAGUAUUAUAACGAUAAACUCUGAUACAUAGAGUUUUAUUUGUAAAGCAAGCGUCAGAAUAUUCAUCAUUCAUGGUUCGAGGUCUAUAAUUCGUUAUUUGUGAACUAUUAGAUGUAAACUAUUAGAUUUGGCUAAUAUUUACAAUAAUAUAAUUCAUGAUUAAAAUAUAACAAUUCAAUACUGAUGAAAAAAAGUUACUUGAUUCGAAUAAAUAUGUAAUUAGAUGUUAAAUAUGUUGUCAAAUAAUUCACAUCAAACAAGUGAAUAUUACUGUGUAAUAAGUGUUGCUGAUUUGAUAUAAUAGUUUGAAUGAAUUAAUAACAUAUUUACUAAAUCAAGUAAUUUUUGUCUCUUGGUGAAUGCAUAGAAGUGUGCGAAUCAACCAUUUAUGAUGAAUCGAAUCAAAUCUUUGAUAUCAUGUUUGAAAUGGAAUUGAAUCAAACCUCUUUGAUUUUAAUACGAAUCGAAUUAAAUUUUACCGGAUUUUUAUAUUUUAUGUAAUUUAAACGUAAUAAAAUAUUUUU